AUGUCCUGUCCGGUGUCUGUAGCUGGAGCCAUAGUACAGAGACUUUUGGAACGUGGAUCAAACAGGGGCAUGUGUAAACAGGAGCUGGGACAGGACCCCACGGUGGACCCCACGGUGGACCCCACGGUGUACCCCACGGUGGACCCCACGGUGGACCCCACAGUGGACCCCACAGUGGAGUCCCAAAGAGGCGGAAAGUGA